AUGCCUCGUCGACGACGUCCACCGCGUCCAGGCGCGCUGGCAGACCUGGCUCCUUUGCGCAUCCUCACCCAGAUCCUCCUGCUCCAGCUGUCCUACUACAUGGGCGCGAUUGUGUUGAUCAUCUUCACGACCUUUGUCGCGGGCAAGCAUCCUGAGCCGGCCAUGUUCUUUGACUGGAAGAGAGUAAGAGGAGACGUGACUACUGGCUGGACACUCGCCCUCUGCUGGAUGCUGGACUCGGUCAUCACUGUGAUACCCAUCUUACUCCUGAUCGCACGCAGCAAGCUCGUACCCGACUUCGCUCUCACGAUCCACUUUGUCCAUCUCAUCGUUACAUCCCUUUACACGAAAGCGAUACCUACGAACAUUACCUGGUGGCUGCUACAGGUCGCGUCUGUCGCAUUGAUGAUCUCACUUGGAGUAUGGGCUUGUCAGUGGCGCGAGCUGAGGCCCAUGUCCUUUGGUGGUAAAGCAAAGCAACAAUCGGACCCUGCUACGUUGGAGAACGGAGGGGCAACGGCACCGGACAACGGAGAAGGCUUCAGUAUGGGCAGCGGAGGACGAGGCAGGGACGGAGCGGGCACAUACGAGAUGGUCGGCAUGGCACCAAAAGAGCCCUCUUGA